ACAACCGUCUCUCUUUUCGGGAAAUACGGGAUGUUUCGCCAAGGGAUGCACGACCUCAAAGUCUGGCCCAAUGUGGAAGCGGAUGGGUCCGAGCCCACCAAGACUCCCGGGAGGACCAGCAGUACCUUUUCCGAGGAUCAGAUGAGCCGACUAGCCAAGCUCACUAAGUCACAUCGGCAAGGUCACAUGGUGAAGGUAGACUGGCUGGACAGACUGACCUUUCGAGAAAUUGAGAUGAUCAACGAGAGUGAGAAGCGGAGUUCUAAUUUCAUGUACUUGAUGAUCGAAUUCCGCUGUGCCAAAAGUGAUGACAAAGAAUACGGGAUCGUAUAUUACGAGAAG